AUGGAGCUCAGUUAUUUACCCGCUCCCCUCUCUCUCUCCUCAGAAGUCAAGAUGAAGCUGUCUCUCGCCCUUCUGCUCUGCUCCGCCGUCUUCUCCGUCGGCUCAGCUAUCCGCUGCUACAGCUGUAAGGACUACAGCGGCAGCUGCUCCAAACAGAGAGACUGCAGCUACGACGACGCCUGUCUCACCCUCAGUGAGAGAGGAGGGAUGACCUUCCGUCAGUGUCUGAAAUACACAGACUGUGAGUACAGCCGGCUGUCUCAGAUGUUUCCUCAGGUGUCCAGCUUCACCUUUAAGUGCUGUAACUCAGACCUGUGUAACUCCGCCCCCUCGGCUGCAGCGAGCUCUGUGAUUGGUCUGCUGGCGUCAGCUGGCGUCUUGUGGUGGUGCGUUCGCUGAGCAGCGCCCCCUGUGGCUGAAACAUGACACAGCUGUCUCUCUAACAUUAUUAUUAUAAGAUGUAUGUUUAUGAUCUCUAAAUCCUUCCCUGAGGAUUAAUAUGAAUAAACACAAACUCCUUAAACAGGAAACUAACCGCUGACCCGCCAAAAUAAAGUGUAACUGAAAUGACCAGCUGCUCUGUCUGUGAAGUGAUUUAAUAAAGUCUGACCCUCUGGA